UGUGUUUAUGUCUAAUAAUUAAGCUCUUGCAAAGUGCAAAACCUACCUUCUAGUCUUUUAGAUUAUAAUUAGGGUAACCCUAGACAAUAAACAACCCGAAAAAAAAAAUCAAUGAAUCAAUUGGGAAGUAGAAGUCAAGCUUCUCCAUCUUCAACAAACAAGAAGAAGAUUGAGAGAAGGGUCAUUGAGAAAAACAGAAGGAACCACAUGAAGAUGCUCUACUCCAAACUCAACUCUCUUCUCCCUAGGCCCAAGGAACCGUUGCCAUUGCCUGAUCAAGUGGACAAGGCCAUAAACUACAUAAAGAGCUUGGAGGAGAAGGUGAAGAUGGCUAAGGAGAAGAGAGAGAGGUCAUUGGGAAUGGAAAUCCGAAGAAAGAGGACACGUGGUGAUUGCAGCGGUGUUGAUCGCCAAAAACCGCCACAACUUGAGGUUCAUGAAAUAGGUUCGUGUGUUGAAAUUGAAAUGACAUGUGGAUUAGAUACUCAGUUCAUAUUCUAUGAAAUCAUUCGUAUUCUGAAUGAAGAGAAUAUUGAUGUCAAGAGUGUCAAUUCCUCACUCAUCGAGAAUUCCAUGUAUCAUAUUCUUCGGGCAGAGAUUUCACCGUCUUUGCUUCAAUUCGGUGUGACUAAAGUAAGUGAGAGAUUGAAAAGGUUUGUGAAUGAACCAACCAGUGAAAUUGAAUUACAAUCUGAUUAUCAGUUGUUGGAUUUUGAGAUUGAUACUGAUGAAUUAGCGGAGCUUUUAGAUUUUUUAGAAGAGAAAUAAUAGGAUUUAGAAAGAAUACUUUUUAUCAAUAUUAGAUUAUUAGUCAAGAUUUUGCCUUAAUACUUUAUUUUUAGAAUUUAGAUCUUCUAAAUUUUAAAUUUAUACUUUAAAGAGUAAAAUGUGAUCUUCUAUCCUUAAAUGAUUUCUCUCUCAUAUUUAUUUUUGAUCUCACCUAUAAAAUAAAUGGUGAGAGAUCACACUUUACUCUCUAAAGUGAAAUUCAAACUUUAGAGAAUUCAAAUCCUUAUUUUUAUACUAUUAGGAUAUAGGGAUUAGAAUUUAGAUUUUAUAAAAUUGUUGAUCAAAUGUUGAAAAAAAAAAAUUUUUUUAUUAGAUACAUAAUAUUGUUUUUCUU